UUCCUAAAGUAAUAUGGCGGUCUGACAACGCUGUAAACAAAAAAAAUGAUUUCAUUAACAUCUGUGAUCAUAUCAAUAUAAAAUAUUAAGAAAGAGAGAAAGAAAUGUCAUCGGUGGAAAAAACCAGCUUAAAUGCUUCAGGUCAACUGCCAUUGGGACCUAGUACUGGUAUUGAUCGUCAAAAUGUUAUGCGGAUCAAGGUGAACAAAGUAGCGAUUGUUCAAGAUCUGCGAGUUGAGCAUGUAACAUCUCCAUUAUUGGAAAAAGGAGUCAUCAGUGAAAAAGAUCUACAGAAAAUUGAAAAUGGAAGGACUCCUCAGGACAGAGCACGCAUAUUAGUUGAUUUGUUACCUACAAAUAGUAAAAACACAGACUGGUAUAAACAUUUCAGAGAUUCUCUACAAAACCCAGAUGCUAGUCCUGAGACUAGAAAAAGAUAUAAACAUUUAGUGGACUUCCUUGACAACACUGUCAUACAUAGACCUACAUCCCAGGCAGGAAGAUUUAGAUAUACCAACACUCAGAGCACUAGAAGUUUACCUCCAAUAUACAGUCAGACUGAUCAAACAUCAACUACUUUACAGCACUAUCCUCCACUCCCUGACAUAGCCUCAAAAGAAACAAGUCAUGAAGAAAGAACUCCCAAUGAUCCGCAAAAUCCUGAAAAGAAAGAUGUGAAAGUUAAAGUUGGUCAUCAAAAUAUGACUCUGGUUAAAGGCUUUUUUCAUCAAUGGCUGCCUACCCCUGACAAUUUUAAAUCACAUUUAGAAAUUCCUCAAAGUCAUUUAGAUCAAUUAAUGUCAUCCAGUAACCCAAAUGACACCCAACUGAUAGAGAUGGAGAAGUUGGCUUUAGAAAAUUUGAAGAAAGUUGAGCUGAUUUCAGCUUUAGCACAGAGGAAACAACUCCCUCUUGGUUUUGAGCUAUGCAUGUGUGAUGCUAUUCAGGACAUUUUGAAUAGCCCUGAUCUCUUCCACUUGUACAUGAAGUAUCUCCCUGCACUUGAAGCAGAAGAGAUUUCAUUGGUCACAAACUUGCAGUCCUCAUUUGUUUCAGUCCUUCAAUUACUAGAGAGUUCCAGCACAUCAGACAUUGUAAAUCAGGUUACUCAGCUGGGGUUAAAAUUGUCUCACUUUCUUCUGACCAUUAACAAAUUCUCUGAAGCAGAAUCAACCCUUGUGAGCAUUAUCAACUUUUUGAAGCAAAGCACCAACCUGGAUUUCUGGAUAACUCGAUAUCAAGCUUAUGUGAAACUCAUGUUGACUUGUAAUUUGUCCUAUCAGUUGGAUAAAGCUCAAGGAGCUUACUUUGAUGCUGUUCAAAUGCAAUAUCAAAUUGAUAUGAUGUCCUUUAGCCAGAAAGUGAUAUAUGAAGGAAGUAUGCAUGCUGAGACAAGCCACAUGCUUUUAGAAUAUGGGUCCAUCGUAUCAUCUCUUGGCUGGGCUAGAAAAUCUCUGAGGGAAACAGACCCCAAUGAUCCUGCUUCCAUUGUGAGGUCACUUUGUGUUGCGAUUGAUGCUUACUGUGCUCACUGGAUGGUCAAAAGAGCAGAACUACUCGCAGUGUAUGUUGUUCAAUAUGCCAGAAAAUAUUUUGGAGAAAGACACCCUGCAUACUUUGAUGCAUUACUUCAUUUCUGCCAUUUUAAUACAGAAUUUAAGCAAGAUGAAUCUGGUAUCACAGCUUCUAAGGAGUUACUAGAGGUGGCAGAAAAAACAUAUGGCUGUGAAAGUAUUCAGUUGGCUUUAGCACAUCGUGAAAUGAGCAAGGCCUUGAUGUUCAGUCAAAAAAUUGAUGAGGAUGACUAUUACUCUCAUGCCAUAGAAGCAGUAAGAAUCGCAAGGUCACUGAUUGGUCAAGGUGAUCCUCAACUACAUCUCUUUCUCCACACACUUGCAACAGCCUUGCAAUGGAAAUCUUUGAAAUGUCCUAAAGAGAUCAAGGACUCUACACUACAUUGGGCAGAAGCUGAGGCCAAGCAAGCUCUGGCAAUUGUCACCAGUACAUUUGGUGAAAUCAGUCUAAAGUCUGGUCAGAUGUUAUUACUGCUUGGCCAGAUUUAUUCUAAGAUGAACAAUCAUCCAGUAAUUGAAGAAGAUUUACUGGACGUAUCUGCCAGACUUUUAACACAAGCAGUAGACUAUCUCAAAUUGUGUCAACCACCUUCUAGUUUCUAUCUUCUUUUUGGAAUGGCCAACCUCGCAACAUUUUAUAAGAUACUACUGAAGCCUGAUCUGGCCAUCCCCAGAUUUAAAUAUGUAGUUGAACAUGCAGAGUCAACUGGCUCUUAUAUCCAUUGGGUACACAAGUGUUAUGAAAAUUUGGCAUCUCUUUAUAAUUCUAUUGGAGAGAAUCAAGAGGCAGACUUGAUCCAAGUGAAGUUGUCCCAUUGGCUGAAGGCAAACCCAGCCAAAAAUGAAGUCAUUGAUUUUGCUGUGCUGCAAGAGGAUCCCAUUCCCUUCCCAUCAUUCAUCACCAAGGCAGACAUAUGGGGCACAGCUAUACAGAAAGCUAUGGCUUUACCAUCAGAAAAAGCUUUUGUUCCAUUAGGCCAUUUGGACAAAAGAGAAUAUAUUCCACUGGUUGUCAACUAUGUUUGGUAACUCAUACAGUACUAGUGUUAUAUAAAGUAGUAAAAUUGUUCUGUUUUUUACCCAGUAUAUUUUUCUAUGUGUUAUCUCUACUAACCUAUAUUGAAAGAUAUAUUUAGAUCAUAUAUAUUAUAUUAAUGUUUUUUUAGACGGAUGUGAUUAUUUGUAGUUUGUUUAAUUUUAAUAAGUUUUUGAUAACAAAUGUGCACAUUUAAUUUGUGUAUUGCCUUAUGUACAAUAGUUUACAUUUUCAUUGUACUGGUACUACUAUUUAUUUUUUGUAUACCUGAAAAUGUGAUCACUUUCUACUUCUACAACUGUAUUCAGUUGUUCUGACUUUCUUUUGAACAUUGGGAAAGAAAAUCUGUUUAUUGUGAGCAACUUGUACAGGUAAUUUAUGAAUAGCAUGUCUUGUUAUUUGAUCACUUUAUGCCUAUAAUUAAAGAACAGCACCUCUUUUGUUUUUAUCUGUGAGCAGAAAUGUUUUAAAACUUUAAAGCUUUUGUAAUUCAUAAAUCAGAAAAUAUUUACACUUCAUUACUGGGAUUAUUUGUACUCUAUAAAUAAAUGACCUAACCAGAAGACCUUGCAUGAAUGCCUUCACAGUAAUGUUUAACAAACAUAUUUUUAGGCCUGUUGGUAUUCAGUAUAGUGUUACCUAUUAUUUUAUUGAAUUUUAAAUUAACUCUGCAUUCUGUGAUUUGAAUUAAUAUAGCUAAUACAAUAUGGAUGUGUAUACUUUGUUGUUUUUUUUGUAAUAAUGUUCAUAAUUUGUGCAUCAAGACAAUCAUUCCAUAUUCAGAAGUCAAAUGAAUAGGCAGGUAUUUAUAUUUUAAAAAGGACAAUGUUUACAGAAAUAUGAAUAGUUCUAAAAAUAUAAAAUUUACAUGUAUAUUUGUUCCAUUUUAUUAAGUUUUUUUUACUUUUUUUUAUAAAUAUAUAAAUUGAUGCUUGUAACAGAAAUUACAUUUUUUAGAUAUCAGAGUUUUCAACCUUAGCCAUACUUUUAUAUUAAUUUAAUCAAAUUGACUUCCCAUAUAUAUACUUGUAUUUUUUUUUCCCCAUUUAUAGAUGUAGAUCUCCCUGAGGGAGGUCAUAGGUUUUUGUGACAUGGUUUAACAAUCUAUGUUUAAGUUUUUUUUAAACUAUAAGCAUACUGUUGCACACUACUUUAUCAAAGAACUGCUCUCUGGGGCACUAAAAGCUACCAAAAGCAUUUCAUCUCCAUAACUUGUGCUUUGCUUUCUAAUAUUCAUUUCUUAUGAGCUUUGAAAGUAACACUGUCAUCAGUCUAACUAUAGCAUACAAUGUCAACUCUUUCAAGAUGAUAGCUUCAGGUAUUGGAAGAUUUGUAUCACUUCUAGCUUCUCAUUUUAGGUAAAAGCCAGAAUACAGUAGAUAAUUGUCUAAGUUAAUUUUCUAGCCUAGACUGUAUGAUGUCAUUUUAUGUAGCUCUUUUGUUCCUUCAAUACAUCAAACAAAUUGCUAUCAUAAAGAAUCUCUUGACCAUAUUUCUGAAGUACAGUUUCAAAGGUUAUAAUAGAUUACAGCAUUUUUUUCAACAAAGUUUUCUUUUAUCCCAUAAUAUAUUAAAAGUCAUAUCCAAUGCAAAAUAUCUAUUUAAAAAAAAAAAUAAAUAAAUAAAUUGACAUAAUGAGUUAAAUAUUUUAUUGUCCAGUGUACUAGGAGCAAAUAUGUAUUUUUUUCGCAUUAUCAACAAAUCUAAAUCUAAUGUUGAUGUUAAGUUACAAUAUUUUGUUGUCCAGUGUACUAGGAGCAAAUAUGUAUUUUUUCGCAUUAUCAACAAAUCUAAAUCUAAUGUUGAUGUUAAGUUACAAUAUUUUGUUGUUCAGUGUACUAGGAGCAAAUUUGUAUUUGAUUCUAUGAUCAACAAAUGUUAUGUUAUAGAUAGAUGUAAGCUACUAACAAGAUAACAAAGUUCACAAGAUAGAUGUAAGCUACUAACAAGAUAACAAAGUUCACAAGAUAGAUGUAAGCUACUAACAAGAGAACAAAGUUCACAAGAUAGAUGUAAGCUACUAACAAGAUAACAAAGUUCACAAGAAGCUGUGAUUAAAUAUUUUUAUACACUAUUGUGCCCAUCACUUUGUAUUAACUGACUUCAUUGGGCCAGUUCUGUCUACAUUUUUAUCUUUUAAAAAUGAAUAAAAAUUUCAUUUUUC